GAGAGAGAUGGGAUGUUCAUGUUGUUGAUAGCCAGUCCUCUGCCAGCUCUCUCUCUCUUCCUCUCUCUCUCUCUCUCUUACAUGCUCAUGCACACAGAAGAAUACACACUUGCUCUUCAGACUCUCACCAUCGCACUCUUUUCCUUCUCCGCCUCGCUGUUUCUCUCCUCUCGCCUCAUAAAGGGCAGCGUGAUCAGCAGAGCUCGAGGCUUUUUAAUUGAACCAUAUAAUGUGUCGUUCUUUAGCUGCGGCAGUUUGGAUCACAGCCAGGAUGUGUCGUUGACCGGGAGAAAAGGGUUUUUCAUCUGUGUUAGAGAAGGUUAUCUGCGAGGAGGCACUUUGUUGUUCAACUUCUCUGAUGGGAGAUAAACUGGCUGGAGACGCCUAAAGUCCAACACAGAAGAGAGUGGCAAGCACAGAAAACACGUGGAGAUGCUGUUCGGUGCCCUCUCCCAGAGCCAGGUCCACCCUCUCCUGGGCUCCCUGCCUAUGCCAGGUCGACCCCUCCAGCCACGGACUCAUGCCCAGCUGGAGCACUUCCUGCCGCUCAGGGUCAACAGCUCCUCGCCGCUCAGCCUCUUCCCCAAUUUCAACACGAUGGACCCGGUGCAGAAGGCGGUGAUCAACCACACUUUUGGCGUGGCUCCGGUGCCCAAGAAGAAACCCAUCAUCUCCUGUAACAUCUGCCACCUGCGCUUUAACUCCACUACCCAGGCGGAGGCCCACUACAAAGGUCACAAACAUGCUCGCAAGCUGAAGGCCUUGGAGAACCAGAGGAGCCGGCAGAAGAACGGACACAGCCCAGCCACGACAGGGAAAGACAGAGAGCGAGAGAGGGGGGUGAUGGGAGGAGGAGCGGUGCCCACAGACUCACAUUCGAAAGACAUAACAGGCCCAAGUACUUCUUCUCAACCUGCACUGCAGCAACCAGAAGACGUCCAGGAAAGCUCGCUGGCACCCACUCCGUCCUCACAGCAUUCAUCCACAGACUCGUCUUCGCUCCGCUCUCCUCAACUCUCCCCACAAACCUCCCCUCAGCUUCCUGAUCUACCUUCAGACAGUCCGCCUGCAGAAGGGUGCAGCCUGGCCGCCGGUUCAGCCCCACACUCUGACCCUCAGGGCAGCUCCACGGGAGGUGAGGAAGAGGAGGUGGUGAAGGGGGAAGAGGCUAAGGAGGCCAAGAGCGACAAAAAAACUCUUAACUGUCCUACGUGCAAAGUGACGGUUAACUCCAGCUCUCAGCUGGAGGCUCACUGUAGUGGCUCGAAGCACAAACAGAUGCUUGAUGGGCCCAACAGCAGCCAGUCACAACGCAGGGUCAAGAUGACAUCAUCGCCCAGGCCGAACAGCCGGAUGAAGCAGCGAAUGGGCAGCAAGAGCAGAGCGGUUGUGGGUGCAUCCAGCCAGCCCUUCCACUGUGAAAUGUGCCAGGUGUCCGUCAACUCAGAGACACAGCUGAAGCAGCACAUGAGCAGCAGGAGACACAAAGAGCGUUUGGCUGGGAAGCCUGUCAAGGCGAAGUUCACACCCUAUAAUAAACUACAGCCCAGUGCUAUCUUAGCGACUAAACUGGCCCUGCAGAAGCACUUCGCUAAGGCCCUGCCGGCAGGGUUCCUGACCAGCCAGCUCAAUCCAGCUGCCUUGUGCGCCAUGGCGUCUGGACCCUUGGCGCUACGGCUGCCUCAGUGUCCCACAGCCAUCAUCCACCAUCCCCUGAUCAGCCCCACACUCUUCAGGCCUGCCCCAGGACCUCUGAGGGCCACACACGCACCUAUUAUCUUCUCUCCUUACUAGCAAUGAGCCACGCUAGCCUGGAGGACCGACGUAACCGAGCCAGACUAGCAAAAGAAGUAGAGCUUGGUCGGCGAGGACAAAGCACGGGAUCCCCUGAGGGACACCAGGACACUAUGCAGCGACCGCGAGAGCAGCAUAGCAGCACAAUCCCCCGGUGUGGAUUGAGAUUUCAGCGCUGACUGACCAGUGUCUCCUCCCUUUAAAAAAUGGAAGGACCAUUGCUCAGCUGUUUCCCCUCAACAAACGUUUGAGUGCAUGUUCCCCGGGGUCUGGACCCCCUCUGGAAGCCAUAAUGACAAGCAUCUCUUAGUUUUAUUUAUAAGACAAUAAUAGACUAAAUACACUAUAGUGUGUAAAUGUUAGUGUUUGUUGCCAAAAUUCUUUCAAUUUCAGAGCUUUCUAGUUGUACUCUGUGAGACCAAGUACAACACUUCAUUCCUGCUUUAGUCUUCAUAACCAAAAUCAAGAAAAUCUCCCAUAAAAGUGUCUAUUUCCACAUAACCAAUGAAGACAAAGGAGAUCCAUAACUUUGGAUUGCUGAGGAUAUUGCAUCUCAACAAAUGUAUAUCUUUACAAUCUCAUCUUUAUAAUUUAUUUUCGAUGAAUACAUACAUUCAUUUUAUCUCUGCAUCUGUGUUUAUCUCUUUCUCUCUCUGUGUUAUGAGGUGACAAUCAACCACCACCCUGAUAUGAUGCCAAGAAUACUCACCAUAUGGACACAGACCACAUCUAAUGCAUACAAUGAGAUGGUUCCCUUCAAAGUUAGACAAUUUUAAAUGUGUGCGGAUAAAUACGGUCCAAUUUAGCAACAGCUUGAUGCUGUUUGUGCAAUAUGGAGAAACAGACUGAUGUGUUCCCCGAAAUUGAAAUGAUUUAUCCACAAUAUGUCGUCGAUGUCUUUAUUAAACCUGCUAUUUUUUUGCUGUAUUAAAGAAGAACGUUCUUUCACUUUAGAAACCCCCCUCCCACCUGAUUCUGCUGAAUCAUCCCAAGCAAUAUGUAUUUUUGAAGUGUCACCUGGUGAAAUUAAUGACUAGUGUAACUGUGCAUCAAUUGCAAUAAUGUAAAUGAUUAUGUGCUAAAAAUGUCUAUACUGUAUUCUAUAUGAACUUAUAAAUAGUACUGUUUUUUUA